AUGUCCGCCAAAGACGAUAUCCCUGCCAUUUUCUUGGACAAGAUCUCUCCCAGAGGUCUUGAGGCCAUUGAGAAGACCAAACGUUUCGUGGAAGACUACUGUUUGCCAGCUGACGAUAUCUACUUCAAGCAGAUCAAGACCGAUCCCGCAGUUAGAUGGAAAUAUACUCCCGAAAUCACGGAAAAGUUGAAGAAGAAAGCAAAGGAACUCGGGCUCUGGAACAUGUUCUUGUCUAAGCACUACAAGGAAGGACCCCAGUUCACUAACUUGGAGUACGGGUUGAUGGCUGAGUACUUGGGCAAAUCCUUUGUUGCUCCAGAGGCUACCAACACUGCAGCUCCAGAUACCGGAAACAUGGAACUUUUUGCCAAAUACGGAACUCCAUACCAAAAGGAGAAGUGGCUCAAGCCAUUGUUGAACGGAGAAAUCAGAUCAGCUUUCUUGAUGACAGAGAAGGGUGUUUCUUCAUCGAAUGCCUUGAACAUUUCGACUAGUGCCAUUAAGAACGCCCAAGGCAACUACGUUCUUAACGGUGUCAAGUGGUUUGCUUCUGGAGCUGGAGAUCCCAGAUGUUCAGUCUGGCUUGUCAUGUGUAAAACCACCGACGACUCCAGCAAGCCAUACUUCAACCAUUCUGUCUUGAUUUUAGAUCCCAAAGUCGCUAUUGCUUCUGGAAAAGCCAGGGUGGUCAGACCUUUGCAUGUGAUUGGGUACGACGAUGCGCCCCAUGGCCAUUGUGAAAUCGAGUUCACCAACUACGAGGUUUCAGCUGAAGAAAUGAAGAACACCAUUCUUGCUGGUGUUGGCCGUGGUUUUGAGCUCAUCCAGUCCCGUUUGGGACCAGGCAGAAUCCAUCACUGUAUGAGACUGAUUGGUUCUGGCGAGUUUGCUUUGCUCAAGACAGCACACAGAGCCAACAACAGAAUCAUCUUUGGCAAGCCCUUGGCCAAUAGAGAGUCCUUUAUCACAGCUUUUGCUCAACAUAAGAUCGACAUUCAGAAGUGUCGUUUGUUGGUGUUGAACGCGGCCCACAAGAUUGACAUCACCAAUGCCAAGGGUGCCCAGAAGGAAAUUGCCAUGGCAAAGAUCGAGACUCCAAGGACAGUGUGCAAGAUCAUAGAUUGGGGCAUGCAAAUGUUUGGUGCCGAAGGGUUAUCUCAAGACACUGAGCUUGCCAGAAUUUAUGCCAUGACCAGAAUAUUGAGAAUUGCCGACGGUCCAGAUGAAGCUCAUUUGAACCAGUUAGGUAGAAACGAAGCAAAGAAAUUCAACGAGGCUGAUGCCUUCUUUGCUACCUAUGAGGCAAGCAGAGCCAGAUUGGAAAAAUUGUAG